AUGGUAUCCUCUAGCCCAGUUUUAUUGGAACAAAGCUUGAAUGGCCAUAUCAUCCCAUCUUUCAAUUUGCUCAAGAAUUUAUUUCAUUCAGAUAAUAAGUUUAUGGCGGUCUUUAAACGAUUUCCUGUGAUUCUAUUGUGCUGUCACAAUGCUAUUAUAUUCUGUAACAUUGAAAUUUUGAGACAACUGGGCGUGCCAGGUUCGAAUAUUGUAUACUUAUUUACUUCUCAGCCUAGGUCUCUCAGGAUAAAGCCAGAUAGAUUCAAUGAGUUAUUGGAGGAUGUUAAGAAAAUGGGUUUCAACCCUUCCAAAUUCCAGUUGGUUAUUGCGGUUCAUGCAUUGAUGUCAAUGAGCAAAUCAACAUGGAAAAGGAGGAUGGAGGUUUAUCAGAAGUGGGGUUGGUCUGAGGAAAAAACAAUGUUGGCUUUUACAAGAUAUCCGUGGUGUAUGACAAUAUCCAAGGAGGCUGGACUCUGA